UAGUGGCGUGGGGGGAACACAUCGUAUGUGCCUGAUCUUGAUUUAAGACUUUAGAGGUUCUGGUUUCAGAGGUUUAUUAUCACGAGUUCUGGCCGCCGGUGUAGUCGCGACGCUGUCAUUUCUGCUAUCGCGGCAGGGUACUUAAUCGAUAGCCGAACUCGCUGGUGUUGUGUACGGCCCGCCUCGCGAGCUAAAGCUGUUGCUCUUAUUUCAGUUAUUAACAGACGCCGUUGCGCUCUUAUUUCAGUUAUUAAUAGCCGGUAAACCGGGCCUUCCGUAGCAGAGCGAGGGACCGAGCUGAUCUCCGCAUCGAGAAGGAAAAAGAAAACGGAACUGUUGUAACGCCAGUAACGUCUUCACUGAGGCGAGCUAACCUGGCUAACCUGACUAACCCUAGCACUACGCAGGACUUCUUCUUGGCUCCGGGGAGGGCGCCUCUUUUACUGACCUGUAAUGUUUCAAGUUAAUUUUCCACAAAGCUGAGCUAAGUGCUGCGUUGCGAGGACAUUAACUAGGCUAGCUGGCUGGCUAACUGGUUAGCUUCGCCUGCCUCGCCUCAGAAGCCUGCGUUGGCGCGCUUCACCUGGGAUUCAAAAAUUAAAACUCAGUCGCGCAGAUGAAAGUGUGUCUGCAGGACAGCUAACCGACUGGCUGUAGGUCUGCAGGACAGCUAACCGACUGGCUGUAGGUCUGCAGGACAGCUAACCGACUGGCUGUAGGUCUGCAGGACAGCUAACCGACUGGCUGUAGGUCUGCAGGACAGCUAACCGACUGGCUGUAGGUCUGCAGGACAGCUAACCGACUGGCUGUAGGUCUGCAGGACAGCUAACCGACUGGCUGUAGGUCUGCAGGACAGCUAACCGACUGGCUGUAGGUCUGCAGGACAGCUAACCGACUGGCUGUAGGUCUGCAGGACAGCUAACUAGUUAAUCGACUCGGUUCACGUAUCAUGUCCUAGCCGGUUGUGGAGAUCGGGGUGUCAAACUCCCGUUCUGUUUUUCGAGAGGAGGUUAAAGAUUUACGUGGAGUUUGAGCAACGCCGCCUUACUGGAGCGUCUUCACUCCCCGAUUAAAUGAUGAACUGGUGAUAAAGGAGCGGGAUGCGGAUACCCGUGCUGAUCAGCGCCGUUAACCGAAGAAUUAUGAAGCUGCUCGUGGCGCUCGCGCUAAUCGCAUACAUUGUCUCUGUCUGGGGAACCUACACUAAUAUGAGGUCCAUCCAGGAGCAUGGAGAGAUGAAAAUCGAGCAGAGGAUAGAGGAGGCUGUGGCGCCGCUGAGGGUGAAGAUUCGGGAUCUGGAGCUGAGUCUGACUCAAAAGUACCCGCCUGUGAAGUUCCUGUCUGAGAAAGAUCGGAAGAGAAUCUUGAUCACCGGAGGUGCUGGCUUCGUGGGCUCCCACCUGACCGAUAAACUGAUGAUGGACGGCCACGAGGUCACUGUGGUUGACAACUUCUUCACUGGCCGCAAACGCAACGUGGAGCACUGGAUUGGCCACGAGAACUUUGAGCUCAUCAACCACGAUGUGGUGGAACCGCUCUACAUAGAAGUGGACCAGAUCUAUCACUUGGCCUCUCCUGCAUCUCCACCUAAUUACAUGUACAAUCCCAUCAAAACCCUGAAGACCAACACUAUUGGCACCCUGAACAUGCUGGGUCUGGCCAAGCGAGUGGGUGCACGGCUGCUUCUGGCAUCUACGUCGGAGGUGUAUGGAGACCCGGAGGUGCAUCCUCAGAAUGAAGACUACUGGGGCCACGUGAACCCCAUCGGCCCGAGGGCUUGCUAUGACGAAGGCAAGCGCGUGGCCGAGACCAUGUGUUACGCCUACAUGAAACAGGAGGGGGUGGAGGUGCGAGUGGCGCGGAUCUUCAACACGUUCGGGUCCCGCAUGCACAUGAAUGACGGCCGCGUGGUCAGCAACUUCAUCCUGCAGGCGCUCCAGGGCGAGCCGCUCACGGUGUAUGGCACAGGAUCUCAGACCAGAGCGUUCCAGUAUGUGAGUGAUCUGGUGAACGGCCUCGUGGCCCUGAUGAACAGUAAUAUCAGCAGUCCUGUCAACCUGGGAAACCCUGAGGAACACACCAUAUUGGAAUUUGCUCAAAUGAUUAAAAGUCUUGUUGUGAGCCGCAGCCACAUCCAGUUUCUGCCAGAGGCCCAGGAUGACCCCCAGAGACGCAGGCCAGACAUCCGAAAGGCCAAGAUGCUUCUGGGCUGGGAGCCUGUGGUGCCGUUGGAGGAGGGGCUGAACAAAACCAUCCAGUACUUCAGUAAGGAACUGGAGCACCAGGCCAAUAAUCAGUAUAUUCCCAAACCCAAAGCCGCCCGCAUGAAGAAGAGCCGACCGAGGCACAACUAAAGAACGGGGCUUCUCAGGGAUGCUGGGAUACUGGAGGUCUCUAGGCCUCCGUCAGCCAUUGUACACAAGGGGUCAUUUUCCCUUAAAAAAAUUGAACAUUUUCUUGAGUGGGUUUUUUUUUGUUUGUUUGUUUUUUGUCUGGUUUUUUGUUUUUUGUUUUUUGUUUUUUUUUAAAGCAGCUGUAGUUGAGAACUGUCACGCUUGCUUUUCAGACGUUCCUCAGAAACGACAGGACUGAGCCUCUCCCAGAAACCUCGCCACGCACUUUGGUUUCCUCACACAUUUGUUAUUUCAGAGAAAGCUGAAACCUUCGCAUUGUUUUUUGUAUUUCCAGGCCGCGCAGUUUUGAGUGCGAUAACUCACUGACACUAUGCUGACUGAUGUAUGUUUUUGAACAGGCACCUCUUUGCAGUGAUUUAUUACGGACGCUAGUUAUUUCUUGUUUUAUCAUGAUCGUGCUGCACAGUAGAGACCACCUCAUUAGCUCAUGGUCUGGAACAUACCGAGAAAAGAGGAUGGAACUAUGGGAAAUGCUUACUUGCUUUGUUGUAGUGUGAUACUGGGCAAAAGGUAGUGAUAGCAUUAUACAUCACAUACAUCUCAGAAUCUUUUACAGAUUUUGUGGGGGAAAGCUAUUUUAAUAAAAAUAUUUACAUUGA